UAUCGCGGCAUUUUCUGCGCAGACUUUUUGAGAGCUCGACGAUGGGUUUCUGCGCUCCGAAGAUGGAAAUUAUCUUUCUAGCCUUCAUUGUGGUUUAUGUGGCAACAGUGGGAGCUUAUGUGGAAGUCAAAACACCACGGGACACUCCCUAUGAUGUUAAGAACACGAUCUUCUACUUACUGACCGGGAACUACACAGUUGGUACCAAGGAGAAGUUUGGGACUUUUCAAGUUCAGGAGAUGAACCUCAACCGCGACGCCUGGGUGAUCUUUUACACCAAGCCACAAACUAAUACAGUCCGCAGUGGAGACUCACCCUGUGAGGACGACCUACGGCAAAUUCCCCAGGAUAGGAUUAUGAAGAUAUACAAUAACCAUACGAUCAAGGUGAGCAGUGACACCCCUGACCAAUGGAACAUUCAGAAGAACACCAUUGUGUGUUUCCAACUCCUACAGAAGGCUUCCAGAGAAGAAUGGGGAAGCUUUAAGUACAAGUAUGAAGACAGUUGCAGUAAGAAAGUUGUCACCGAAUCCCGCCCAUUGAAGUACUACGGGUACAAGACCUUCACGAUAAGGAGUCACAAACGCUGUUACGCAACGAUAGCAAACUUCUCAACGGUAGUCGACUUUCAAAUGACCUUGAAGAAUGCGACGUCGCUGGACAGGGUCCUUGUUACUGGCCAGAGAACGACCAUAGUAAACCAGUGCUCCUUCAAGUCGCGAUACGAAUAUAAUUAUGGUUACCGAUACGUGAAGGAGUGUAAGGAUGUCACAAAGACCGAGUUGGAUGUCCGCUAUAUAAUGAUAACAGGACAGACACCGGACAAAUUUCUGCAGCAGCAAUGGCCGCUCGUGUUGACAAACAGCAGCCAUGUUUGUUUCGACUUUGAAGCGGUUGAGGAGGUAGCUUUCAAGGAUGACGUGGUAUUCCGUAUUUCAGAAUUUCCAGCAUGCAAAGGUGAUGUCUACAACCGUACAGGCGCCCUGGUCAGCCCGGGUUAUCCGCUGACCCCCUACAGGAACAACACCAAUUGCACAUGGACUAUCAAGGUGCGGCCCGGUGAACGAAUCUCUGUUAAGUUUGGCGACACCAAGAGCAACUGCACCAACGACUAUAUCAUGUUAUCAGGGGUGAACGGAGGCUCAAAUAACACGGAACUGUUAUGCGGCGAUUCCGUGACCGGGAGAAGCUUCAUCAGCACGUCCAAUCAACUCGUGGUAAAGUUCCGUACGAGCACUUUCAGUAACCUGAAGGGAUUCCUGAUGAAUUAUUCCGUCAUCGGUUGCAGCCUGCAACUGCUUUCAAUCCCUGUGAACUCGGUGAUGUUGAACGAACCUAAAGACAAAAUUAUACGAACAGGAUUCAAAUUGAAAGUCGGAUGUAAGCACGGUACCGUCUUCCCAAGUAAGGUUGGAGAGGUCGACCUGAGGUGCCUGCCUGAUAACACUUGGUUCGGCCACAUACCAGACUGCGUCGGAUACACCGUCUGUAACGAAACAUUGACAGCCCCAGAGGGUUACGUGACCAGUCCUGGCUAUCCCCGCGCCUACCCAAGGAACACCCGGUGCAGGUGGACCAUCAAGGCGAAGCCAGGACAACGCAUCCGCAUCAGAUUUGAAGAUAUCAAAAGCAUUUGUACGAACGACUACAUCACACUUGGCGGAGUGGAGAGAAAGGCUGUAAAUACCACGAAAGCAGCAGCGACAACACCUACAACCACUACCCCAGUUACAGUUGCCGCUGGACAAAAAAAAACACGCUCCAAGCGAGCUACAUCCUCGCAAACGGACUUCAUGCUCUGCGGUAGCCACGUCUACGCCGGAGAGGAAUUCACCUCUGCCGCCCACACUGUUGACAUAAAGUUUAUGUCUGACAUCUUUGAAGAGAAUGGCUACUUCAACAUGAGUUACACUGCACUCGGCUGUAGCAGCGAGGACCUACGAAAACCUUCGAAUGUCCUUCUUCGAAACCCUGCUAAGCAUUACCCGACGGACUACAAGUUGGAGUUGGGCUGCCCUACUGGCUUAAGUUUCCCUGGAGGCACCAAUAUAACAAGGGUGGUCUGCGGCAAGAAGGGCUCGUGGGUUGGCAAGAUACCGCGAUGCGUCUAUUGGCGGACUGGCCUCUAAUGAUGCAUCUUUAGCAGUUGUGAGUCGUACAUUCUCUGAGGAUGAUGCACAUUUUAGCGAACUAUGUCUGACGAUUUUUUGCUUAGACUCGUUGCGGUAUUCGGUACACAGAUUGUACAGGCGAAGCUGUGAUCGAAUUCAUUCCUUUCUUCGACCAAUGUCGUUUUUAACGAACAUUUUAUACGUAGAUAACUUGAAAUAAUCGAUAGAUGUAUUUUGUCACAUCCACAAUUAAAACCUAGGAGGAGUAUAGCGGCAAACAAUGCCGGGCCGGUGUAAACAUAUUUGAAUUCCGGUGAGUCUAUUGACAAUCUCCGGCGGCCCGUAUCCGGUAUACGAACUUGAAGCACCACAUUGAAUACUCACGCAAGCACCACAUUGAAUACUCACGCAAGUACCACAAUGAAUACGCACGCAGAUUCAUGGUGUUAUCGAACAAGGUACCUGUAUGUGGGAAAAUGAUCUCGGCUUUGAAUACCAGUGAGCCACCUAUGAUCUAUAUGAACUAUCAUGGAUAGGCAGGGGGAAUCGGCAACCAAUUCACUUGACUCCGUACAUUGACAAAACCUUUGUUAGUUUGCCUUCCGUUUAAGAGAUGGCUUCUCUGGUAUUGUCCUUUAAGAAACUUGGUGGAAUUGUACCUGCUCAUAUCGCGUUUCCUUCACGCUGCAUGAAAGGGAUGGGCGUGUUAUUUUCGUUUUUCAUUUCACCUUGAGGGGCAUAUUUCUUUUUUAUUAACAAUGCUAAACAGACAGUUAUUCACAAAACUGAUAAUUGGGUCCCACCAGCUUGCAUCAGCGUCUGCGAGAUAUAAACACAUUCCAAAGGAAAAGAACUGGAGAAACUAUCCUUCAUGUAAGGGGGAUCGGAUACAGUUGAAGACGAGUUCCACUUAUUUAUUAUUGUUUGUGAUACGCCGUCCGUUACCCGGGAUGCAAUGUUUAAAUAUAAUAUUUCCAGUCGAUGCAGGCUUUUAAUUCAUAUACAGACGUGGGUAAUUAAAUUCAACUAUCCCUUAACA